UACAACAAAGCACAAUGAUCGCACGCGCAGCUUAGCGCAAACGUGACAAAUCCUUGUCCCCGAUCGUGGUUUGUUGCAAAAAGUCUUUCAUUGCAGUUACACUGAAAUGGCACCAAAUGCCUGGAAAUGGUUGCAAUUGGCUUCAAUUUUUGAAUUUUUUCCCGGGGGAGGGUAAUGUUUGUCCCCGAUCGCAGCGUCUUCUUCGUUUGUUGCAGAAUCAAAAAGACUUUCAUUGUAGUUACCAUACACUGAAAUGGCACCAAAUACCCGGAAAUGCUUGCAAUUGGCUUCCCCGCCUUCAAUUUUUGAAAUUUUUUCCCGGAGAGGACCCCCCUUCCAUGGCCGCCCCACCUCCAAAGUCGGUGCGACAGGCCUGGUGUGUGUGUGUGCGCGCGCGCAUGUGCGUGUGUGUGUGUGUGUGUGUGUGUGUGUGUGUGUGUAAUCUGGUGGUAGCAAACAUGUGUGGUUGUGAACAGCUUUGGGAUUGCUGUACAGCGUUCAAGUUGUAUUCAGUUGCUUGUCAGUUCCGGACCGGAGACCGGAUCCCAGAUGUUUCGUUGUGGUCAAAUAUGGUCAAGAGAACAGCAUUUACAUGCAUGCAGCUCCCUUGCUCUCAAAGUCUUGCAUGCAGGCAUGCCUUUUCUUGCCGCUGGCGUGAACAGGGCUCGUGUUUGGGACCACUGCAUUUUUUUCUUUCCCCAAAGUAGCGCUCUGGUGUUGGAAGACAGAGUUAAAAUCAGGGAGUAGUACAAUACAAGUAUUGUACUACUCCCUGGUUAAAAUCAGGGGUUGAAAUAAGCAGGGAGUAGUACACAACGGUAGAGGACGGCCUAGGCUAUAGUAUAGGCCCUACGAGCGUUUCCAUGGUUUCUUUCGCUCCCGGCCGAGCUAGGGUCUGUAGGGGAGUCUACGUACGAGUCCGAAACGAGUCGUAAAACAUGCAUGGGUUUGCUCGCGCUCAUACGGUACGAGCGAUCACCUUGACUCCGCACCGCCGUGACCAGUUGCACAUGUAGUUGACCGCAAGAGGUCGAGGGUAGCGUUGAACUGUGUACCCAUUUCUGUUUGUGGCUUUGAAAACAAAAAAUGCAAUUGUUAGUACUUUUCAAUCAUCAGAAUAAUGAUUAUAGUGUGCAAAGACAGCUAUAUGUACUAGCUGUCUCCUAUCAACAUUAUGGAGUUUCAGGGCUAUUGCAUUGACGCGGUCGUCUGAAUAUUGUGGCGAUCCGGAGGAGAUCACUCAGCAGAUCAGGCCUUUCAGAUUUCGAACAUAUCAGUUCCGGAAAGGAAAGAAGAGAAGAUCGAGAAAGCCACAGGCCAGCUUGUGUUGUUAGACGUCUUGAAAACCGCGGACCUGCGAGAAGCCAGCAGCCAUGGAUUCUAGUGGUGCAGCAGCCUCACGAUUACGGGGCUCGUCGAGCGGGAGUGCCGGUGCUCCAGCUCCUGAGCAGGGUGGAUCUUCGCUGUUCGGCAUGGUCAAAGGCAGUGCUGGAAACUUCAUGAAGAAUAUCAAGGAGACAUCGACAAAAGUCAUCACCUCUGUAGUUCCGAAAGGUGCUCUGGACAUCAGAUAUGUUACUUCAAGACUUCUGGUAAUGUCAGCGCCAGUGGAAGGACUGGAAUCCGUCAUGCGCAACCCAAUCGACGAGAUCCUCGAGUACAUCACUGCGAGAUAUGAUAAUGACUUCAUGGUGUUCAAUCUCUGCAGUUUGCAGUACAACAAAGAGCGACUGAACGGCAAUGUGACAGAUUGUGGUUGGCCAACAAAAGGUUCUCCUCAGUUUAGUGAUGUCAUGAACAUCUGUCGCCAAAUUCACGUAUAUUUGGACACGAACAAAAAAGGUGCUGCUAUUGUUCAUUGUGAGGAUGGAAAGGCACUCUCUGCCGUCGCUAUUGUUGCCUACUUCAUGUACAUCGGGCUGUUCAAGUCUCCCCUUGCUGGCCUUAAAGUGUUCUGUAAGCGGCGUUUCCCAGACGGAUACAAAGGAGAGCUUUUGCUGCCAUCACAGGGCAGAUAUUUGCGUUACUGCUACCAAGUGUUCGGUGGUCCUGAGCAGUCCAAGCCACGCAGCCAGAGUGUUAUUUUGCGGCAGCUAUGUUUGACAAGCAUUCCAAAAUACAACCUCAACCGUACUGGCUGUACACCUCUCGUUGAGGUGAGCGUAUCUGGCAAGCUAAUCUGGAGUUCCCCAUCUAAACAAGACCCUGCAGAAAUGGGAAAAAGCUACACGGAAGAAGAUAGUGUCAUUGCUAUUCAUUUCAACUCAGUGGUGGUUGAGGGUGACGUCACCAUAACCGUUUCGCACAGCCGCUCACUGCCCAGUUCCGUCAGCCGAGGCAUUAAGAAAAUGAGUGUUAGCCCAUCCCUCAUGUUCAAAGCUCAGUUUAACACAGCUUUUGUGGAGAACAACUGCGAGACACUGACAUUUAGGAGAUCUGAUCUUGAUGGCAUCGAGAGGAACGACACAAGGUUCCUGCCAGCAUUCUCGGUGCUGGUUGAUGUCGCGUGCAAGCCAGGGGAUGGCCACCAGCAAGUGUCUUCUUGGUCCAACACCUCUGUCAGGCCACGAGUGCCCCUGAUCUGCUUCGAGACAAAGGACGAGCAGGAGAUUUUGCUCUCUGACUUCGCUAAGAUAGAUGUGACUGCUGCGCAUGACCUGCUGGAGAUGUACUCCAGUGGUAGUGAUGGUGUACACGGGCCUGGACAACAGCCUAAUCUACUGAGCGAUCUUGGUAGUGACUGCUCGCCGCAACCUGACUACAAGCCACAGAAUGACGGUUCCAAUCAAGAUGUUGACAGUCUACUCGGCCUCAACUCCCAGCCCGAUUCCCGUGCACUUAGUGCUAUCUCCGUUGAUGGUGGUCGUGGUGGUGGUAGUAGUGGUGGAACUGUUGCAGUGGACCUGCUGGGUCUAGAUGAGCAACAUACAACUGAUAACAGUGCUACCAGCGCCGACUUCAGUGAAGCACCAGGAGUGAGAACAUCGACGGCGAACGACUUUCUUGCCUUCAGCCCCAGUCCUAAUUACACAUCUGUACCAUCGGCAAGUCAGCCCGCAAAACAACCACAAGAUUGUCAAGCAAACGACUUGUUUGGGAUAUUUUCAGACUGCUCUGAUCAGUCGUCUGCCCCGAAUACUGGCACCAAUGCUGCGAGCCUGCUAGGUGACUUGACGGAUAACGCAACGUUCCAGCCUGUUGCAGCUGCUGCUGUUUCUAGUGGCGAUGGUGCUGGUGCUGGUGAUCUGUUGGGUGGCAUGGCAAGCACAACAAGCCAUCAGCCAAGCUCAGCCAUGUUCAGUGACCUAAUGGGUGGUGACCUGAUGGGUAGUUCUUGUCAGCAAGCUGCGCCGACUGUAGCACCCAGUACCUGUACAGCUGGUGAAAACCUGAUGGGUGGUGUGGGUCAGACUGGCACAUCUAUCAACGCGUUUGCACGUCCCAAUCAGCAGUGCACCGCCGGGAGCACCUUAUCUGGAUUGCCCAGGCACGCCCCAGGCCAAAUGUCAUUCGGGCAGCCAUCGUUCGCCGGCAUGGGACCUCCCGCGGCGGCGGCCGGAGUGGGCAUGAGGCAGGCUGGCGGAUCUCCGGUCUUUGCGCGAGUUGCUCAGGCAGGCGCUGGCGGCACUACUCACUCCCUCGACCUUGGCACCAAGACCGUUGGCAUGCCAUCAUCGGCUCACGCCCAACCGCAGGUACAAGCGUUAAGUCGAGGACGCAGCGCUACCGUGGACGACCCGUUCUCGCAACUUAACAGCUUCUCGUCGGAUGCUAAGCAGUCCGUGUCCCAGUCGGACAGGAACCUGAACAGAUCAUCACCGCUGACGGUGCCGGCAAGUAACUCCAGCACAACCGAUGCUGGCGAUGCGAACAUCCGUAAGCCACGCUCCGCCAGCGCAAACUUUGAGAACACUGGCGUUGGCUCACCGUACACCAGCGUGAUUGGUAACCGGGGAGAACGAGGAUUGCGAGCAGGACCACAGGGUGUUGCACCCAAGGUACAAAAGAAUGCUUUCGAUGACCUGCUUUCAAGUCAGGGUUUCCAGACGAACAAAGGCAAUCAAAACGUCUCCCUCAAGGCUAUGCAGAACAAAGAGCUGGAGAAAACCAUGGAUCCCGUCAAGCUGAAGAUCAUGCGCUGGACGGACGGAAAGCGAAAGAACAUCAGAGCCUUGCUAGCUGCACUGCCGGAUGUUCUGUGGGAUGGUGCCACCUGGAAGCCUGUUGGCAUGCAUCAGCUGGUGCAGCCGAAUGAGAUCAAGAAGGCCUAUCGUAAAGCUUGCUUGGCGGUUCAUCCUGACAAGCUGAGUGGGCUGCCAGAGGAAGCACUGGCCAAGGCCAUAUUCGUCGAGUUGAACGAAGCGUGGAGUGCAUUUGAGCAGAACAAGGAUAUGACACGGGUGGCGUAACCUCUCUCCCGAUAUCCGAUCUGCGGUCCAGCGUAUGUCGUCUAUUCUUGUAGCUUGCUCUGUGCACCACGCAUUCCCUAUUUCAUAGUUUACUCCGUCAAUCUUUUAAAACAGUCGUUUUCGGUUCAAUUACGAAACUCUGCAAAACACCCUUUGGACUGGUUCUUGCUGCCACCAGGUCUUCUUUUACAUUUUGAAAUGAUUCAUUUUAAAAAUUAAAAAAAUUGCCGUACUGUCUCAAAAUGGUUGCAAAAAUGAUACUAUAAAAUCACCACGCACUAUCAUAUUUAUCCCACCUCGCCAAACAAGGUUUCAGAUAUCUUUCCGCCUGGCUGGAUGUCUAUCUGUCAGAUGCCCUUCUUCUCAACUUAAUCCAAGAGAAGCAGACUUGAUCACUGAAUGCAACACGAGUUGUUUUAUGUACGAGAAAAACAAAAGCUUAUAAUGAUAUUUUCACCAGGAACCUAACAUAAAUAGUUUGCAGGCAACCUAACAUGGUCGCUUUUAUACCACACUAUUUUGAUGCCUUUUAUGUCAUUAUGCAUUGAAUUCUUCUCCUGGCUUGCACUAAAUCAUUGUCGGUUUCUGCCUUUUUGAUCGGCAUGAAAUCGGUCAGCAGUGUGGUAUCAGUCGGCUCGUUGGAACUAAAAUUAUGUGCACU